AUGCUCGUUCUCUACGAAACCGCCUUGGGCUACUGCCUGUUCAAAGUCUCAAAUGAAGCCAAGUUGGAGAGUGGGGACCUGUGGAGGGAGUUCGAGAGUCCUGAAAAGGCGAGCAAGCUUUUGAAGCUCAAAGCCAUCCACCGCUUCACGUCAACGGCAACUGCUGUUGAAGAUAUCACUGCCAUGCAGGAGGGCAAGCUCGGCAAGGGCCUCAAAAAGUUCCUCACCGAGGAAGUCUUGGAGAAGGGCAAAGGAAAAGAGUCGAUGGUUGUCGUUGACCCCAAGCUCGGUCGCUCAAUAGCAAAGAAGCUCUCGAUUAAAAUUGCUGAGGAGACUGUGAACGCUGACCUCUGGAGAGGUAUCCGUGAACAACUCGCCGCCCUUUUGGAGGGCCUUGACCCCAAAGAUCUUGCUACCAUGAGCUUGGGUCUCAGCCACUCAUUAGCUCGAUUCAAACUCAAAUUCUCACCUGACAAGGUGGACACUAUGGUCGUACAGGCCAUUGCUUUGCUCGAUGACCUCGACAAGGAAAUCAACAUCUAUGCCAUGCGUGUCAAGGAAUGGUACGGCUGGCAUUUCCCUGAGAUGGCCAAGAUCAUCUCCGACAACGUUGCCUACGCCAAAGUCAUCCGACAUAUGGGCUUCCGAACAAACGCCUCCAGCACCUCCUUCGAACACAUCCUUCCCGAAGACCUCGAACUAACCCUCAAGGCCGCUGCCGAAAUUUCCAUGGGUACCGAAAUCUCCGACUCUGACAUUGCCCACAUCCACCAGCUCUGCGACCAAGUCAUCUCAAUAUCCCAAUACCGUGCCCAACUCGCCGAAUACCUCCGCAACCGCAUGAACGCCAUCGCACCCAACUUGACCGCCCUGGUAGGCGAGUUGGUUGGAGCUCGUCUUAUCAGCCAUGCUGGUAGCUUGUUGAGCUUGGCCAAGUACCCCGCAAGUACGGUACAGAUCUUGGGAGCUGAGAAGGCUCUGUUCCGAGCGCUCAAGACGAAACACGACACGCCCAAGUACGGAUUGAUUUACCAUGCUUCAUUGAUUGGCCAGGCGCCACCGAAGUUGAAGGGCAAGAUGGCCCGUAUGGUUGCCACCAAGGCUGCACUGUCGAUCCGUGUGGAUGCUCUCACCGACGCAGACGGCAAGUCCGAGGAUGCCGCUUCUGCCAUUGGUGUCGAAAAUCGCACCAAGCUCGAGAAGCGACUCCGCGACUUGGAGCACGAAGCCGAGUUUGGUACUGUACGACGAUUCGCUGACGGUGGUGCCAAGCGACAGCAGAAAUUCGAGAUGAAGGGUCAGACCAAGACUUACAACACCAGUGCGGAUGUGGUUAUGGGUGAUGCUGAGGACCUCGUGCCCACGCAACGUGAGACCGCUGCUGUCGAGAACGCUGUGAAGGCCGUUUUGGACGUGAAGGAGCAGAAGAAGAAGGAGAAGGAGGCAAAGAAGGCAAAGAAGAAGGCUGAGAAGGAGAAGGCCAAGGAGAGCGAGAGUGAGGAUGAAGACAAAUCGUCAAAGAAGGAGAAGAAGGAAAAGAAGAGGAAGAGGCGAGAAAGUGACAGGAUGGAUGUCGACGAGCCUGUCAAGGCGGAGACUGAAGAGGAGAGAAAGGCGAGGAAGAAGGCCAAAAAGGCUGAAAAGGCUGCCGCUGCUGAGGCUGGUUCGGAGUCACCGAAAAAGAAGAAGAAGAAGACCGAGUCGUCAUAGUGGGUGGGUGGCGUAGCAAGGUGUAUUUGUUUUCCUCUUUGUGUCUUUUUUUUUGUGUUCUAGCUUUUUGUUCCUGUUUAAUAUAAUCUCGGAUGUACAUCA